CACCAUUUUCGUGGGGCUAAUGCUCUCCCGCCAAAUCAGGUAACCGGCGAUAGCCGGUCACCGACCCCACAGAAACCGGUUCUAAGAACGUCUCCGAAUUGGGACAUUCCCUUCACUAGGAGCCUCAGAUCGUUUCAUCGCCCAGUUUCUGUUGCCGCCGAUUUAUCUUCCUCCUGAAUCCCCGAGGAUUAUUUUGUUGUUUGUUUCUCGAGAAAUUUAAAACCCUAGUUUUCUCGCCAGGUGGGCGGUCUUGGGCUGAUUUUUCCUUUUCUAGUGUUUUAAAAAUCGAGCCCGUACUGGGUGUCCUUGAAGUUCGAUGAAGUUUCUGGAAUCUAGGGUUCUACCUGAAGCCUAUGCGAACAAGGAGGUGAAUUCUCGUAUUUCCUGAUCACCAUGAGCGCCGUCAACAUUACCAACGUCACCGUUUUGGACAAUCCGGCGCCGUUUCUUACGCCUUUCCAGUUCGAGAUUUCGUACGAGUGCUUGACCCCUCUCAAAGAUGAUUUGGAAUGGAAGCUUAUCUAUGUGGGCUCAGCAGAGGACGAGACCUAUGAUCAACUCCUAGAGAGUGUGCUUGUUGGACCUGUUAAUGUCGGGAACUACCGGUUUGUGUUUCAGGUUGACCCUCCAGAUCCAUCAAAGAUCCGUGAGGAAGACAUCAUUGGCGUAACCGUGCUUCUCUUAACGUGCUCAUACAUGGGUCAGGAAUUCGUAAGGGUUGGUUACUAUGUGAACAACGAUUAUGACGAUGAACAACUCAGAGAAGAGCCUCCACCUAAGGUUUUGAUCGAUAAGGUCCAGAGGAACAUUCUCUCCGACAAGCCAAGAGUAACCAAGUUCCCUAUCAAUUUUCACCCAGAAGAUGAGCAAACUGGUAGUGAUGUGCCUCCUCCACCCGAACCAUCUGAUGACUCUGAUGUGAAUGGAGAACCGCCGGCUUUGCCUGAUCCGCCACCAAAGUCCGAGGAUUCUUGAUUCUAGAGUCUUGAGUCAUAGCUAACCGAAAGCUGCUUGAGCUAUAUCAUCUCCAUACAACUCAAAAGAUCCAGCUUUUUCGGUUUCUUUCUUGAACAUUAGCUGCUGUUUGUGCUACUCAUUUGUAGAGGUGUUAGUGACAGUGAUUCUUGAAACUAUGGAAUAUGUUCUUGUUCUGGUUCAGAUUUUGAACUCAAUUUGAUGGGUCAAAGCAUUUUACACCCAGAAUU